AAGUGCGUGCCAAAGGAGGAUGUUCCUUGCGGCAAUGGUAUCUUAGACAAAAACGAAGAAUGCGACGUAGGAGAGAGCGUCGUGAAAAACCAAGAUAAAUGUUGUAGCAGAACUUGUCAUCUCAGAGAAUCUGCACAAUGCAGUGAUUUCAACAAACCGUGCUGUAAAGACUGCAAAAUCGCGCCAAAAGGAACUGUUUGUGAGGAUAACUUUAAACUUCUGUGUAUGGAGAGCGCAAAGUGCGAUGGUGUUUCCGCUGAUUGUCCGUCUGCUGUGCCAAAAGAGAAUGGAUCAGUCUGCAUUGGAGAAGGCCAGUGUAUUAGCGGCACAUGUAUUACCAAGGACUGUAACGAGCUGGGAAAAAAGGAAAAGAAGCUCUACAGGGCCUGCAUAUGUGAUCGUAAUGUGAUCGAUGCCUGCAAACGCUGCUGUCAGGAGGAAUUUGGCAACAAGACUUACGGCGAAUGUUUGCCAAGAAAAACGCCUCUUGGCUUUCGAGAACGCUGCUACAAAGGUGUAUGCAAUGAAGAAGAAAAGUGCGUGCCAGAGGAGGAUGUUCCUUGCGGCAAUGGCGUCUUAGACGAAAACGAGGAAUGCGACGCUGCAGAGGAAAGCUUAAAAAACCAAGAUAAAUGCUGUAACAGUACUUGUCAUCUCAGAGAAUCUGCACAAUGCAGUGAUUUCAACAAACCGUGCUGUAAAGACUGCAAAAUCGUGCCACAAGGAACUGUUUGUGAAUAUAACUUUGACCAACCGUGUAUGGAAAUCGCAAGAUGCGAUGGUGUUUCCACUGACUGUCCGUCUGCUGUGCCAAAAGAGAAUGGAAUAACCUGCCAUGGAGAAGGCCAGUGUAUUAACGGCAGAUGUAUUACCACAUACUGUAAGGAGCUGGGAGAGAAGGAUAAUCGGCGCUACAGAGCCUGCAUGUGUGAUCAUGACGCUUCUGCAGCCUGCAAGCGCUGCUGUCUGGAGGUCUUUGACAACGAUACAAAUGGUCCGUGUUUCCCUACAAACAAAACACUUAGACCUGGACAACUUUGCUACAACGGUGAAUGCGAUGAAGAAGGACUGUGUAUUCCAUCGGAAGGCCUUUUUACUGUCCGGCUUUUCAAGUUCUUCAACAAUUUGGAUUUUGACACUCUUGCGGAGACCAUGAAGACUAACCUCGUCAUGACUGUCGUGUUUCUGACAGCACUGUUCUGGAUCCCAAUCAGCUGCUGCAUUUCCUGCAUAGACAGGAAAAACAAGGCACGCAAAAUACCACCCACUGAAAGAACUUCUUCAUCCAUGGAGCGCGAGUCUUAUGAAAUGGGGAAUGUGAAUCCGGCAGAAUCUUAUGUGAAUCCGGCAGGAUCUUCAGACGCUUUAGCAGAAUCUUCCAUCGAGCCUGAAGAAUCUUCAAUCGACCCUGCAGGAUUUCCAGUCGAUCCGUACGCACAACCGUAAGGUCCAACGCCUGCCAAACGCCAAUGAAGGGAUGUGGACAAGAAUAAAAUAAGUCCAUCAGUACUGUAAGAAACAGUAUUAACACGAAAUAUUUCAAAGUCUGGCCUAACACCAACAGACUAAAUAAUACCUUAAAUAUAUUUUGUCUCUUCUGAUCAAAGACUGUUACUUUAUAAAAUGUCACAAGCACACACCAAAGAAUAUAACAUUUCUUAAAUUACAUAUUUAAGACUUGUUUCUAUAACUUAACACUGUCUUAAAGAAGCAAAUGAAAUCCAAUGCUUACAAGCCGCUAAGAAACAUGUCCUGACGAUGCUGAAAGUAUACAUCGAGUUUUAUCUCAGCAAAAAAAAAAUUAGAUAAAAAGUUUAAAAUUGUUUUUGUGCACAGCGUUUCUAUGAAAUGGAUUAUUUAAAUAGGUUUAAUGCCUUUCUUUAAGUAUUAGCUCGUUUCAGUUUGACUUGUUUCGUUGGACUGUAUUUAAAAACAAUUCUGGCUAAUGUUGGUACACAUGACGCUGGACACUGAACUGUUUCAAAGUAAGAAAAAAAAAUAUAUAUAUACAUUGCCACAGACUGAUAACAAAACUACAUUUUCAAUAUGAACAAUUAGCUCAUUGACAAUAUAUUUGAAAUUCGUUAUUUAGUAGUUAAGACGGAGUUGAAAAGUUUCUUUACUCAGACAAGGAAAUAAAACA